GAUUGGCUGCUCUGCUCUCGUCCGCUCUGCAUUGGUGUCGGUGUGCGCCUCUGACAGUCGCUGCUCUCGUUUGGCGCAAGUAACAAGGUGAAAAUGACUACAAAGUUGCAGAGCUGCGCCUACAAUUGAUCACCGACGGGCGCUGACAGCUCCACACACACAACAACAACCCACAAAGAGGGCGUUUCCACAAGAAGCAAAGGUCGUCGGACAGUGGACCUAGUUUUAUCGUGUAUACCAGAUCCAGGUACAGUGUUGUUCGUCGUUUCCCGUGAACGCGCCGGUAGCUGAUGUCAUUGGAACAGGUGCGCGAAACCCAAGUUAACAACAGUCGCCCUACAUCGCGAGGGAUUACACACGGAUGUGAGUGUUUUUCUACGGCGUUUCAUUCAUCAGCCGGUAUUACGAAGCGAUUCGAGGCUGUAUUAUUUUUAUGUGCCUGGAUAAAGUAAGCUGUCCAGCCUCGGCUGGUAGUUUAUUGCUAUUUCCGUGUCUUUUUCUCAUAGAAAGCGCUUGUUUGGAUCGUUUGAAGACGAUAUUUCGCGACACUUCUUGGUGAGCUGUGAGGUCUUCCAUAGAUUUUGUCAAGGCAACGAAGAGCCCUCUUACAUUCGUGUGAGCUCGUGAUUCAGUUGAAUGUACCCUACGUGAAUUUUGACUGAACCAUAGAGGGGAUAUAAUUUAAGGACCGAGCGAUGCCGACUCCGAAGUUUUAAAACGUUUCUUUUUUCACCAAGACAUUGGAAUGAAGUCGCUUUGCUUUAUUGCGCUCUAAACGCGUUUGCAUAAGGAAAUAACCUUUUUUUUUUGUUUGUUUGUUUUGUUUUUUUAAAGACUCGUUUACUAAAGGGAUUAAUCAUGUCCAAGACGCUGAAAAAGAAGAAACAUUGGUCCGGUAAGGUGCAGGAAUGCGCCGUUUCGUGGGGUAACGCCGGGGAGCUCAGCGCCGUGCUGGAGAUACGCGGGGGAGCCGAGCACGGAGAGUUCCCGCACCUGGGACAGGUGUUGCCGGACGCGUUAGUGUGCCAUGUCGGCAGGCUACCUGGUCCCGGGGACGUGCUUCUGGAGGUGAACGGCACACCUGUCAGCGGACUGACAAACCGAGACACCCUCGCCGUCAUCCGCCACUUUCGCGAACCCCUCCGUCUGAAGACCGUGAAGCCAGGUAAUGUGUUAAACACGGAUCUGCGUCAUUACCUCAGCCUGCAGUUCCAGAAAGGCUCUUUGGACCACAAGCUCCAGCAGGUGAUCAGAGAUAACCUGUACCUGCGCACCAUUCCCUGUACCACAAGGCAGCCUCGUGAAGGGGAGGUUCCAGGAGUGGACUAUAAUUUCAUCAGCGUGGGGGAAUUUCGUGUGCUGGAAGAGAGCGGCCUGCUACUGGAAAGUGGAACAUAUGAUGGUAAUUACUAUGGCACUCCAAAGCCUCCUGCAGAGCCCAGCCCAGUGCAGCCCGACCUGGUGGACCAGGUUCUGUUUGACGAGGAAUUUGAUGCAGAGGUCCAGCGCAAACGCACCACGUCUGUCAGCAAAAUGGAUAGAAAGGACAGUGCAGCUCCCGAGGAAGAGGAGGAGGAUGAGAGGCCACCCAUGGUCAAUGGGCUCACAGAACACAAGGAGGGACCAGAGUGGAGGAAAGCUGUGCCCAGCUACACACAGUCCAGCAGCAGCAUGGACUUCCGCAACUGGAACACGCAGCCACGUGAUGAGAGCCAGGAGCCUCUGCCCAAGAACUGGGAGAUGGCCUAUACGGAGACGGGCAUGGUCUACUUUAUAGACCAUAAUACCAAGACCACGACCUGGCUUGACCCACGACUGGCAAAGAAAGCCAAGCCUCCUGAAAAAUGCGAUGAUGGAGAGCUUCCAUAUGGCUGGGAGAAGAUUGAGGACCCGCAGUAUGGGACUUAUUAUGUGGACCACAUCAACCAGAAGACUCAGUUUGAGAAUCCAGUGCAGGAAGCCAAGAAGAAACUCAGCCAGGACGCGUCUCCAACCAGUCAGCCAAUAGCAGCGGCCGCAGGAGCAGUACCAACGCCCUUAAAUGAAACUGGUUUAAGGGGAUUCACACGGGACCCAUCUCAGCUGCAUGGUGCUAUCUUGCGCACAACUCUGAAGAAGAGCCCUCAGGGGUUUGGUUUCACCAUCAUCGGUGGAGACCGACCAGAUGAAUUCCUUCAAGUAAAGAACGUCCUGAGAGAUGGACCCGCUGCACAUGAUAACAAAAUCGCUUCUGGUGAUGUUAUAGUGGACAUAAAUGGUACAUGCGUGCUGGGUAAGACCCAUGCAGAUGUGGUCCAGAUGUUCCAGUCCAUUCCUGUGAAUCAGUAUGUGGAUAUGGUCCUGUGCCGUGGAUACCCGCUGCCAGAGGACACCAACUCCAGCGAAGAGGGCACGGGCGACAUAACUGCUAUGCCCGGAAUGGACGGGCAGCCCAUUCAUUUAGACGGGGCCCCCUCCAUGCAGGACCUCCAUUACAUGACCACCGAUGGCAGACAUCCAGCUGCAGCAAUGCCCAAUGGACGCUACCCAGAGGCGGGAGAGACCACCCUGCUGCAGCCCGAGCUGGUCAGCGUGCCUUUGGUAAAGGGGCCGAGUGGAUUCGGCUUUGCAAUCGCAGACUGUCCGCUGGGCCAGAAGGUGAAGAUGAUUCUGGAUGCGCAGUGGUGCCGAGGUCUGCUGAAGGGAGACGUGAUAAAGGAAAUUAACAGGCAGAACGUGCAAACCCUCACCCAUGCGCAGGUGGUGGAUAUCCUCAAAGACCUGCCCAUGGGCAGCGAGGUCAACGUCCUGGUGCUCAGAGGAGGUCAGACAUCUCCCGUGAAGUCUCUGAAACCUAUCACUCCAGCUAUUCCCAGUUCCCAGAAGCAGGACAUUGCCUCCAGUUCUGUCAGUACUGAAACUCCCAGUCCGGCUGAGCCUGGGCCCCAGUCCCUCCCCUUCCCUCCUCAUGCCAUCCGCUCCAACUCCCCAAAACUGGACCCAUCUGAGCUCUACCUCAAAUCUAAAGCCAUGCUAGACAGCAAACCUGCCAACACUAAAGAACUGGACGUGUUUAUCAGGAGGAACCAGGAGACUGGAUUUGGGUUCAGAGUGCUGGGUGGAGAAGGACCAGAUCAGCCAGUGUACAUUGGUGCCAUUGUUCCUCUGGGUGCCGCAGAGAAGGACGGGCGUCUGCGGGCUGGAGAUGAGCUCAUCUGUAUUGAUGGUGUUCCCGUCAAAGGCAAAUCUCACAAACAAGUUCUAGAGCUCAUGACCAAUGCUGCCCGCAACGGGCAAGUGAUGUUGACUGUGCGCAGAAAGCACACCUAUCCAGAAAAAGAGGAAGAUGAUGGGGGUCAACCUCAGGCCCCACAUGCUCCAGUGCUGGUCAACGGCUCACCCAAACCACCCCACAUCGAGGUGUCCGGCCACAGCCACCCUCAGCCCUAUGACGUCACUCUUCAGCGCAAGGACAACGAGGGCUUCGGAUUCGUCAUCCUCACCUCUAAAAACAAGCCUCCUCCUGGAGUUAUCCCACAUAAGAUUGGUCGCAUCAUAGACGGCAGUCCCACAGACCGCUGCGGUCGGCUGAAAGUGGGUGACCGCAUCUCUGCUGUGAACGGCCAGUCAAUUAUUGACCUGUCCCACAAUGACAUUGUGCAGCUCAUCAAAGAAGCUGGGAAUGCUGUUACCCUCACAGUGGUGCCUGAGGAGGAACACAGCGGACCGCCGUCAGGCACUAGUUCAGCCAAGCAGAGCCCUGCCACGCAGCACAGAGCCGUGGGACAGCAGCCUGCCAGCCGAGAUGACAGGAAUGGCAUAGAAACGGAUGAGAGGAAGGACACUAUGGCCCGAGUGGAGUACAAAUCCCAGCCGCAGGGUGAGAUGGCGACUGUCAUCACCUCAGGACCAAAGCAGGGCUGUUAUCCUGUGGAGUUGGAGAGAGGACAGAGAGGUUUUGGCUUCAGUCUGCGAGGAGGGAAAGAGUAUAAUAUGGGCCUCUUUAUACUUAGACUAGCUGAGGACGGUCCAGCACUGAAAGAUGGCAGAAUACAUGUGGGAGAUCAGAUCGUGGAGAUCAACGGUGAACCCACACAGGGCAUUACACACACACGGGCCAUUGAGCUCAUCCAGGCCGGGGGCAAUAAAGUGCUGCUGCUUCUGAGGCCCGGACUGGGCCUGGUGCCUGAUCAUAAUGUUAAGGAUAUGAUGACAGGUCCAUCUGCAAACUCUCCAAGGUAUUCUGCAUCCAAUGAGCCGUCAACACCAUCAUCUCCGUCCUUUAUGUCUCACUCCCCUGAAGUCAAACCCUCUCCACCCGAGGAGCUCUUCUUCGACCCGUUGGCCACUUCGCACGGACAACUUCACCAACAUUACAGAGACACCAAACAGCAAACUAGAAAGAGCGACCCAAGCAUGCCUCGCGACAACAAUGACAAUUUUACACUCCCUCGAAGACAGGAUGGGAAAGAACGCUCAAGGAGUCCAAAAAAGACUCUAAACAUGGACAACAGGAACGACCCUAGUGAACGAGAACCUCGAUCUGCAAGCCCCAGGAAGACCAAGAAGGAAAACAGUGGGAUCAGACAGGAAAUGCCUCAAAAGGCCACUGACGGAUUGAAGCCUAACUCUGGAAGGAGAUACAAAGACGAGGACACUAUGCACAAGCAGGACAGGGAAACGGGAGAAACCAGACCUGAGGUCUCAAGGGGUGGCAGUGACAGAUACCAGAGGGACAAGACAGCAGAACCUCAGAGGUCUGAAAGCAGUACUCUCAACCGGAAGGACCAUAGAGGACGAGACAGGCCAGAGGACAUUGAGGGCAUGCCUCAAGAGACUCCCCACAAUGGGAACCCUACCACCAAGAGAGCACCUAUAACCCCAGGCCCCUGGAAGGUGCCCAGCUCCACAAGGGUUCAGCCUCCGGUGCAUGGAGUCUAAUGCAUUUGGGAGCAGUUAUUGAUGUGAAUCACUGUGGAUUGUCUUUUUUUUUUUUUUUUUUGUAUGACUAUCACCAUCUACACUGAUAACAUGCAGCGUUUACUUGUGUCCACCAACAAUACAAGCCUCAGUUUUGUUUUGUGCCAAUCAGACUGCAGCUACAGACUUAUCCAUGUUUCUUUGCUCCUGUGACGAUAACAUAAAGGAUGCUUUUCUGUGAAGGUUUAAAAUGUCUGUUAAUAUUUAAAAAAGGGGAUAGUUCACCCAAAAAUGAAAAUUCUGUCAGCAUUUACCGGUAUGACUUUGCAGAACACUCAAGAAGAUCUUUUGAUCUUUUAUCUUCCACUGAAGAGAGGCAGAAAUAAGGGCUGAAACGGCAUGAGGAUGAGUGAAUGAUGACAAAAUAGAUUUUUGGCUAAACUAUCCCUAAUUCUCCAUCUUUGAUUCGCCACAUGUCCUUACAAAGACUUUUCCAGUGAUGCAACUGUCCUCAAGAUCCAGUCCUGAGAAGUGACUCUGUGUAGACUGUGCAUUAUGCAGCUUUUUGCGGUGAAUUUUCCACAUAUCCAUCUUUAAAAGACCAGAAACUUGUGGUUAAGUAUGUUUACUAUUUGUGUGUUGAUGAAGACGCAUAUGUAAUUUAUUGAAAUGAAUAUGAUGAUAUAAACAAAUACAUGUAUAGAGGUAUAGAUAUUUGUAUCCAUUCUGAGCCAGGUCACUUAUUAGUGUUCCAGCUUGCCGAUACGACUUUCGGCUUCCUAACAAACAUAUUUUUUCACAGUGCUAUAGCUUUUACAGUUAAUCUCGGUGGAGCAUUUGCAAGGUGUGUACAUUUGGGAUCAAAUGUUCGCUCGUAUCAUUAGCAGGUGAAGCAGAACUAGGAAAAAUUCUGAUAUAUUUUUGCAUACUAUCCAAUCUAACAUAUAUUUUUUCUUAUUCUUUUUAGCACAUCAAAUGAUUCAUACUGUAUCAUUUUCCCAAUAUUGGGAAUUCAUAUUCAUUUAAAGUGUCUUUGUGCAUCUGUAUCUUUCAGAUUAAAUGUCAAGAUGCUCUUAUAUCCAAAGGAAAUGUAGCUCUGAAUUAUGUACCGAACAUGCUGGGUGUUAUUCAUCAGGUUCUUAAAGCCUCAAACAAUUGGCACAGAUUCAGACGCAAGAUAUAACAAUGUCUAAUAUCUUUUUCAUAACAGUAUUUUUGAAAUACCAUAAAUAUUGAGUGUCCAUACGGACAGAGCAGACAUCAUUCAAACAUUGCAUAUGCUACAGCCCUUCUAUGUUUUGUCAUGAUGAAAAAUGUGAAUACUUUCUAAUACGGUUUAUGAUCAUUAACCUCAACCCUUUUGUAGCUUGUUUCUCUAGUGCAUCUCAUGUCAUGAGGGUGUAUGUAUGAUACUGUGGCCUUGCAUUGCUUUAUCUUACACAAAAAAAGCCUUGUGGUCUCUACAUUGUGGUAGUUGUAAAUGUUUAUAAAAAUACAAUGUACAGCACCUGUAUAAAACCUGCCUUCGUGAGGGGAAAAACAAGAAAAAAAAAUCUAUAAAUCACUCCAUUAUUUUUUUAAGUAAUUAAGAGUAUAAGCAUAUAUAUAGAGAAAGAGUGGUUAAAGAAAUGAAUCUGGUCAUGACCUUCUGUUCAUGCA